AUUUUUAUCAAGCUGAUUGAUCAGGAUAAAUAGGAAAGUCUCAUCGCCUCAGGUUGCUUUUGAAGACACUGAAAACAGGACACAGAACUCCAAAUAAAACAAGGUUGAAUUUAUCUCUUUGAUCCUCGAAUAUUCGAACAAAAUUUAUAUAGACCAAAAAGUCAGAUUUGUCCUUAAACGUUACAUGAAACCUACGGUUUCACCGAAAUCAGCCGACCAAACUACCAUACAUGGAGAGGAGUGAUUCUUUUUCUUCAAUCCUUGUGGUUCUGUUCAGUGGUUUCUACAGUUUUGUUUUUAUUUUAUCAACAGUUGGAAACAUCUGGGUCCUGGUAACCUGCUACAAGACUUUGAAACAAAGACACUCCCCUUUUAUGUGGCUAUUGGCAAAUCUGGCUUCUGCCGAUCUCUGCUUCACAAUCUUAACCAUAUUCAACAGUAUCGCAUUUCUGUGGCAAUGGGUUGGUGGUAACAUCACUUGCAAACUACAAGGAUUCUUAAUUGAAGCAAGUUACACAAGUACAAUCAUCACGCUUUUGACUAUAAGCUACGAAAGACUGAAGGUUACUUCGAAUCCAAUCAACGCUCUAGUAAAAAGAUGGCCAGAGAAACAGUACUUUAAACUUAUCAUAAUUUGGAGUUGCAGCCUACUCAUUUGUUUGCCUUUGUUGUUCAUUUACCGGGUGGAAACGCAACAAAAUAGUGUUAUGUGCCUUGCUAGAAAGAGGACGAAUUUUUUCCCACAAAUCUUCUACAGUGUACAUACAACAAUUUUCUUUGUAGCUCCACUGGUGUAUAUGAUUUACACACAAAGCUGCAUUUUUCGAACCCUACGAGUAGCGUCCAUUCCAACCACGGCCUUCAUUACGCACUCAA